AUGAAUCGUCCAGUAAUCGGAAUAGACUUGGGAACGACAUACUCUUGUGUUGGGUAUUGGAAGAAUGGCCAUGUUGAAAUCAUUGCAAAUGAUCAAGGCAACCGAACUACGCCGUCUUAUGUGGCCUUUUCCGAUCAGGAGCGGCUCAUGGGCGAUGCUGCUUGGAACCAAGCCGCAGCCAAUCCUACAAACACUGUUCACGAUGCUAAGAGAUUGAUUGGCAGAAGAUUUAGUGACGAGAUAGUUCAGAAAGAUAUGAAACUAUGGCCCUUCAAAGUAACUGCCGGUGCUCAUGAUAGGCCAAUGAUUGUGGUCACCCACAAGGGUAAGGAAAAACAAUUCACAGCUGAAGAAAUUUCAUCCAUGGUUCUAACUAAGAUGAAGCAUAUUGCCGAGGGCUACAUUGGGUCAACAGUUCGCGAUGCGGUGAUAACUGUCCCCGCCUAUUUCAAUUUCUCACAGCGUCAAGCUACCAUAGAUGCCGGUGAGAUUGCGGGUAUUAAUGUUUUACGCAUCAUUAGCGAACCCGCAGCCGCUGCUAUUGCUUACGGGCUUGAUCUUCAUACUGCUCGUAGUGGCAUGAAAAACGUUCUUGUGUUUGACCUUGGAGGUGGUACUUUUGAUGUCUCGGUUCUCACCGUUGAAAAUGGAAACAUUAAAGUCAAAGCUACCGGCGGUGACACUCACCUUGGUGGAGAGGACUUUGACGAUCGAGUGGUACACCACUUCAUCGCGGAAUUCAAGAGGAAGCACAACAAGGAUAUGAGUGCAAACCCUAAGGCAAUCAGGAGAUUGAGAACAGCUUGUGAAAGGGCAAAGAGGAUUGUUUCCUCUUCUCAUCAGACACGAGUUGAGGUUGAUUCCUUAUUCGGAGGCAUUGACUUUUCAUCAGUUCUUACAAGGGCGAAAUUUGAGGACUUGAACUCGGAGUUAUUCGACAAGUGCAUGGAGACGGUUGAAAAGUGUUUGAUUGAUGCCAAAAUGGAUAAGGAUGCAUUGGAUGACGUUGUUCUCGUAGGUGGUUCGAGUAGGAUCCCGAAGGUUCAACAAAUGCUAAGUGACUUGCUGAAUGGGAAGCAACUCUGCGGAAGCAUCAACCCGGAUGAAGCAGUUGCUUUUGGUGCAGCGGUUCAGGCAGCGAUCUUGUGCGGCCAAGGUAGUGAGAAGGUCAAGGAUCUUAAGCUUGAGGAAGUUACUCCCUUAUCUUUAGGGGUUGGGAUUGUCGGAGACGUAAUGUCGGUAAUCAUUCCAAGGAAUACCCCAAUCCCGACCAAAGCAACAGAACGUUUCACUACUAGUAAGGAUAACCAAACUUCCAUAAGCUUUAAAGUGUACGAGGGUGAGAGGUCUAAAGCAAGUGAAAACAAUUUGUUGGGUGAGAUUGAGCUCGGCGGAAUCCCAAAAGCUCCAAGGAGAGUCCCAAGCAUUGAUGAAUGCUUUGAUUUGCAAGCCAAUGGCAUCCUGAAGGUUACUGCCCGGGACCGGGAAACUGGUAAAGAGAAGAGAAUCAGUAUCAAAUGUGGAAGGCUAAUGAGAGAUGAAAUAGAGACGAUGGUAAAAGAAGCUAAAGAGUAUAAGGCGGAGGACGAAAAGCACAUGAAGAAGUAUGAAGCGCGGAAUGCAUUUGAGAAAUACAUUUGUGCAAUGAGAAAUAACAUAAACAAGGGUACCGUCUCUUCUGCUAACAAAAAAGACGUCGCAGAUGCGGUUAACAAGGCCUUUCAAUGGUUAGAUGCGCAGAAUAAGCUUGCGGAAGUCAGUGAAUAUGACAAGAAGAAGCAGGAAAUACAGGAUCUCUUCAUGCAGGUUCCAUAUAGGUGUUGAUCAAGGCAGAAAAGAGCAAUGAUGCUAGCAGAUAUG